AUGGAACCAAAUAGUAAUAAUAUUAAUAAUCAAACUAAUACUAGUAUUGAUAAUAGUAAUAGUACCACCAAUAGUAAUAAUAAUAAUAAUAAUAAUAUUGACCGUUCAUUUAGUGAUAUAAGAUCAUAUUGGCAUUCAAAAAUAAUACCACAAAAGCCAGAUGAUCUUACUACAUCAUUGGCACCUUAUAGAAAGGGUGGACCACGCUUUAUAUUAAAGGAUAGUACUGUACCUGUCAAACCACCUCCACCUACAGAUUACCCAUCUGCUUUCUAUAGUACUGUCUACAGUAGUAAUAGUAAUAGUAAUAGUAAUACUACCUCACCUUCUUCUUCUUCUUCUUCUUCUUCUAAUAAUAAUAAUAAUAUAAACUUGUUGGCAACACCACAAACACCAACAACAACUUCUAUUCCUACUUUUCUAACUUCACCACCACAACAACAACAACAACAACAACCUCAAGUUCAACAAGACUCUACUACUAAUAAUAAAUCAUUUUAUAUUCCAUCAUCUGCAGAGUCUUUAGAUAAUCAUAAUAAUACUACACAACAUUCAUUCUAUCAUCCAUCAUCAUCAUCAUCUGUUUCUUCAUCUAUUGCACCAUCAGCAUCAUCAACCACUUAUACAAUGUCAUACAAUCAUACAUUUAGCGAUGUUUAUUCAACAACGUCACCAACAUCAUCUUCAUACAUUGGAGGCAACGUACACAAUAUUGCAGCAUCUGAUGAAUAUUUUGGAGACAAUAUCUACACUGUAAAUAAUAAAUACACAGCAUCGAAUAGUUAUGGAGCCUAUAGUUCAGGUUCAUCAAACUCUUCCUAUGAUGCCAACCAAGUAAACUACCAAAAUGAAAACCGUACUCAAGACCUUGGUUAUUACGAUGACUAUGAUGAACAACAUUUAUUCAAUGUUUCUGCAUUGGGUGAUUCAACAAAUGAAUCUGAAUAUAUUAAUCGUAAUUGGAAUGAUAUAUUCCAAACAUUAUUAGAUUUACCAUGUUCAGAAAAGAAAUACAAAUCAUUGUCAAAUAUAGCAAGUGAUUUUGUAUAUUGUGCAGAUACAUUUGGUAAAAUCAUCAUCUCUGAAUUACAUCUUCCAAUUGAAUCAAAAUCAAUUAAACCAUUAGAUCUUGGAGGUGUAGGUGGUGGCCUUAAAUAUAUUGUUUCAGAUAUAAUAUUUAAAUUUGUAGUAGAUACAGAAUUAUUACCAGGAUUAUGGAUGUAUGGACAUGUAAAGAGAUCAGAUGAAAAGGCACAAAAAUCUGCUAGUUUGGAGAUCAAGGGUAUUAAUUUCUUGAUGGAGAAUGCAAGUGAAUUGUUACGUUUUCCAUUGAUGGCUAUCAUUGAUUAUAGAGGUUACAGAUUGUUGGCCAUUGCACGUUUACCAAUCAACAAGAAUACAAUUGUCUAUGGAUCACAUGAUGGCGGUGCUACUGUUCAUGACAAGGAUCCAGAGGUAUCCAAAGAGAUGGAACGUAUUGCCAAGAUUUUAAAUCUUCGUGGACACAAGGUUGGUCGUCAAGGAGUCCACUUGUAUGGUCCAGGUGAUAUUGAAAUUCACAAGGGGUCAGAUGGACGUUACUAUAUGAUUGACUUUGCAAGAUUGUUUGCCCCCGAGUUUAGUCCUAUAUUCAAUGGUAAAAAGGAAGUUGGUAGAGAGAUAUUCUAUGCAAUGCUUAGACCAGAGUUGGUGGCCAAGUCUCCCAAACCACUUUCUUCAGAUGCCUUUUCGGGAUGGCAAACAAAUGACCCAGAGGAUGAGAGUAUCAACCAAGAUGUCAUUGCCAUCAGCGAGCAUCUACACAAGGUUAUCAUCCCAGAGACCAUCGCCAUCAUUGACACGAGUCUAAAGGUUGACGAAGCAAUCGAACAAGAUGCAUUCAAGGUGCCCGAUGACGGAGGUUGGAAUUCCAAACCAUUGGGUAAAGAUGAACGUGUCACUUUGGAUGAUGAAGAAUUGGCAAACUCUACUGCUUCAUUGGAUAUUGGAAGUGAAUGGACUGAUACUAAUCAACAAGAACGAGGUCAAAAUACAGUACCGACACAAAAGACAUCAUCAUCUUCAUCAACAUCAACAUCAAGUCAAACACAUGAAAUUGAAUUUGUAAUUAAUAGUUUAGGUUAUACAAAGAAUUCACCAGAACGUGAUUAUCGUCAACGUUCCAAUGAAAUCAUCAAGCUUAUCAACUUUAUUCACUCACGUGGUAUUAAUCUUCGUUACCUUGGAGUUAUUUGUCGUGGGUUGACCAAUAGAAAUGUACGUAAUUUGUUCAUGACUGAAGUGGUUGCACGUUGUUGGAAGCGUAUCAUUCGUUCACGUUGUCGUCUUAAAAUGGAUAGUUGCAAGAUGGUUUCAGAGGGUCCUUACAAGCAAAUCGUCGCCGAUUGUUUCAACGUCAUUCUCAAUACCAAUAGAACCAAGAAUCGCGACUUUUGGACACUCAACAAACCAGGCUAUUUCAAGUAUAUUGCAGUCCGUCUAUUCCCUAGAUGUCUGUCAGAUAGUGACCGUAUGCCAGAAGUUGACAUUAGAUCAUUGAUUGACUGUCGUUUGCUAGUAUUACGUAUCAUCCAGAUUCUCAAUAUCCGUAUCAAUAGUGAAGCAUACAAGCAAUUCCUCUCCAAUCCCAACUAUAUCAUCACAUUUAACGAUAUUGAAGAGGUUGCAUCUACUGUCAAAUAUCUUGGUAUCGUCGACUAUACCAUUGGUACCGGUAUGAUGUAUGAAACUGCCCGUAUCAACAACUCGAGUCGUGUCCCACCACUUGAAGUUAACCGUUGGCUCGAUCAAGCACAGGCCAAGCUACAAGCAGCUCUCCGUUCAAUGCCAAAGAAUCUGCGAAACAUUGCUCGUCUUGCAACCAGCUACUUGUUGCGUGCCAACGUGUCGAGUGGUUACCUCGAUGCCAUCGAGCAACUCAAAACCGCUCUCCGUCUUUUGCGCCAGAGUGGUGGUAACGACCACGAUAUUAUGGGUUUACGUGGCAUGACACAUGUCAAGUUGGCCACUUUCUACCUCUUUUAUGCGCAUAGUGGAUCAAAGUUUAUAAAGGAGCUUCGGGAAGCCAGCAAUUCUCUCGAACAGUCACUCAAGCUCAACCCACUGGCACUCAGCGAGGUGGUUGUGCAGUCGCUCCCCAUCUACACAGUCAACAAUGCUUGCAAUGCCUAUAUUGGAAAACCAGCACGUUCACUUUACAACGACACUAGACGUAUCAAUGAACUUUUCAGCAUGGUCUAUCUCUAUGAAAAGGUCAUCUCGCCAUUGGAUCAUCCAACCCUCUAUGCAUAUCUUCCCAAGGUGUUUGCACAGGUCAACCAAAUCGUAUACUUUACUCUGCCACACGCAUUGUCAGGUAUCAUCAACUCGUCAUUUGCUCCGUCCAUCCUCAACGGUAUCACCAACAUUGACUUGCUUUCACUCAAUGAUAUGGUCAUCACUCCAACCAUUGCUCGUUCAAUCUUAUCAUUAAAGCGUUUGGAAACAUUCAAAUUGCAAAAUGUUAAAUUCCUUGAUGGUGAGCAAGGUGAAACAGCAGCAGCAGCAGAACAAGUUUCAACAUUUAAUCAAUUCUUUGGAAAAUUAUUGGCUGAAGGACAUGGUAUUACUUCUUUACAUUUGGUCGAUUCACCAUCCAUCAAUGAUAAGGCAUUUGAUGGUAUUUAUGAAGGAUUCAAUGGUGUAAAGGAAAUAGAGUUUAAUGGUACAUCUUUGACUGAUGCUACACUUGUCGCUAUGGCACCCUAUGCCAAGAAAUUGGAAAUUAUAUCAUUGGUUGGAACUACAUUUAGCGAUGAAGGAGUUGCCACAUUAUUGGAAGCACCACGUCAAAUCACUCAAUUGAUCAUCAACACUCUGGACAAGAAGAAAUCAAACAUUGGAGAAAAGACAGCCAAGGCAAUUGCCAAGAGUUCACUUGGUAUGCGUCAAAUCCAAUUGAAUCAUGUCAAUUUCAGUGCCGAAGAGAUAUCAGACAUUAUAAAGAGCGCUCAGGGUAUUGAAAAGAUUGAUCUAUCACAUACAAACUCUAAUCUCUUGACCAUGGAAGGUUUGGAGUAUCACGGCGCCGAACAUCUCACCCAUCUCAACCUCCACGACACUGGCGACAUUGCAAAUGUCGAAGAUUUUGUAGAAAUGUUGUGCAAUAUCCAGCCACGUCUAAAGUCACUCAAAUUGCCACGAUUCGUCUCUGAACCCUUUAACAACACGUGUGGAUUGAUUCAAUUGGUACGCAGACUCACAGACCUUGAAGACAUUCAAUUCCCAGCAGGUUUCAACGUCAUUGAUUUCGUUCGUCAACUAGGAGAAAAAUCAGAACGUGGAGACUUUGAAAGACCCCUUCACGAACUUCGGUCACUCGAUGUCUCUGAAUCAUUCUUUGACAAGGACUCACUUCAAACGCUUAUCGAUCUCUCACCAAACCUUACCAACCUCGCAUUGGCAGGUGGAAACUUUUGUGAUAGUAACGGUAACAUUAUCAUCCCCGAUGAUACAUUGUUAAUUCAAUUUGGUCUAUUAUUGUUUAAUCUCCACGAACUCGAUUUCUCUCGUAACCAAUUUGAAAGAAGAAACGUUGUAUGUUUAUUGUCUAGGUGUCCAUCUGUACGUACAAUGCAUUUAAAGGACAAUCCACUCAUUACUCCAACUACCAUUCAAGAACUUAGAAAAGAUUAUCCUCAUAUUCUAUUUAAUCAUUAA